AGGUACUAUAAAAAGUACUCAAUACCUCUCCCAUUAGAAACACUUUGCAGGCAUGCGUUUAGGCACACCUAACGAAAUGACCGAGUCAAAGUUUUUACCUAAAGUUUCCAAGUACUUUACUCCAAAGGGCAUAGUAGUUGUAAUCCCAGCUCUGGGGGGCAUUCACUAAGAUACUAAAAUACUUUGAGAACCGGAAAAAUUUAAGUCAGACCGCUUUACGGAUCACCUGUUCUUUUUGGGUAAAGGUUCACGGAACUGUAGUGUAUUGCGAUGUGGAUAAAUGCAAAACUAUGUGUGAUUGACCUAUCUUUCUGAAAACCUAUAUUUCGGAAAAACAAAUAGAGGUUUCACUUAAGAGCCUUCUUCUUUCAUCCGAAAAUGGAAUUAAUCUCAGAGUGGAGAGGAUCUCAAAACGACAUUAUACAAUAUUAAUUAUUUCUUAAAUGUGUUACUUUGUUAAUUUUAGAAUGAAAGAACUGAAGGCAGCAUUAGUGUACCCUCAUUUAUAAGCCCAGUUCAAAGAAACUUGAACUUUAGAAUAUUUUGAAACUUAUUGACGUUCGGUUGCAUUUGGUUUAUUGCUCCUAUUAACAUAGUCUAAGCCUCUGUUAUUUCCAAUUGAAGCUUUUUUUUAGAAGUGAUCUGUUAAACUUUCGUGAUUUAGAUCUAGCAAAGAGCGCUGGCCGAUAGGAUAAUCCAAAGCUACUUUUUGUGAUCGAAGCCACGUGUUUUAGGCCCACCACUUCAGUGUUCUUAUAAUGGCUAUUCUGCUUGGUUUGCUGGUGGGUGCUCUUACCCUCGCUGUUUGGUGGGUGCUCCAAAACUACACCUACUGGAAGCGCCGAGGUAUUCCCCAUGAUCCGCCCAACAUUCCACUGGGCAACAUCGGCGAAUUAUGGCGGACGAGGCCGUUGGCCCACAUUCUUAAGCGAACUUAUUUGAAAUUCAAGAACAAGACGGACGGACCUUUUGUCGGCUUCUACGCGUAUGCAAUGAAGUAUAUUGUGAUCACCGACAUUGAUUUUGUGAAAACCGUACUGGUUACGGACUUUAACAAGUUCCACGAUCGCGGAGUCUAUCACAACGAAAGGGAUGAUCCGCUGACCAACAAUCUAACCACUAUCGAGGGUCAAAAGUGGAGAAAUCUGCGCCAUAAGCUAACUCCGGCCUUUACGCCUGUUAAAAUAAAGAACAUGUUCCCAGCCGUUUUGGGUGUGGCUCAUGAACUUAUCCAGGUGAUCGAUGAGCAGAUCUCGAGCUCUCCACAGACCAUAGAAGUCGCCGAUCUGAUGGCUCGCUUCACUGCCGACGUAAUUGGCAUCUGUGCCUUUGGCCUGGAGUGCAAUAGUUUGCGGGAUCCCAAGGCGGAAUUUGUGAAAAUGGGUGAGACGGCGUUGAGGGAACGUCGUCAUGGCUUUCUGGUGGACCUCCUCGUCUUCGGAGCACCCAACUUAGCCGUGAAGUUGGGCAUCGAGAUGCUGCUGCCGUCGGUGCAGUCAUUCUACAUGAAUAUUGUAAGGGACACCAUAGAUUAUAGGGUGAAGAACAAGGUAACUCGGAACGACUUUAUGGACUUGCUGAUCGAUAUGAAAUUGAAAUACGAUAAUGGCGAUAAGCAAGAUGGCCUCACCUUCAAUGAGGUGGCUGCCCAAGUAUAUUCAUUUUUCCUGGCUGGCUUCGAAACGAGCUCCACAACCAUGGGAUUUGCCCUCUAUGAACUGGCCAGCAAUCAGGAUGUCCAGGAUAAACUGAGGCUGGAAGUGGACACUGUGCUGGCGAGGCAUGAUGGGCAACUAAACUACGACAGCUUGCGAGAGCUGACGUAUCUGGAAAAGGUCACCGAUGAAACCCUGCGAAAAUAUCCCGUUGUGGGUCAUUUGGUGCGGAUUGCAACUAAACCCUAUGUGCAUAGCAGUCCAAAAUAUUUUAUUGAGCCGGGAACGGGAGUUCUGGUGUCCACUUUGGGCAUCCACCAUGAUCCUGAGUUCUACCCGGAGCCCGAAAAGUUCAUCCCAGAGCGCUUCGAUGUGGAGCAGGUGAAAAAGCGGCCACCAUGCUCUUUCCUGCCCUUUGGGGAGGGUCCCCGGAAUUGUAUAGGCGUUCGAUUCGGACGGAUGCAGGUCGUCGUCGGAUUGGCCCUGCUCGUCCACCGUUUUAAGUUUGAAUUGCAUCCGACGAAGACGUCAGUGCCAGUCAAGUACAAAAUCAAGAAUCUUCUGUUGAGCUCCGAAGGCGGCAUCAACCUUAAUGUCAGCAGGAUAGUGUAAAAAAAAUUUUAAAAUGUUAAUUUUUUUAAAGAAUGUGGUUUGAAAAAGUGCGUUUAAGGUGUUUUAUAAAGUUUGUUAGAAUAUUGUUUUUAUUAAAAUAUUGUAUAUAUUGUAAUGAGAGGUUAUGAGUUUUAUGCCUAUUCAAGAAUUAUUGGAAACCAAUAUUUGUAUUUAAAAUUUGUUUAAAAGAAAAUGUAUAGCACCCCCUAU